AUGGCUCCAUAUGAAGCAUUGUAUGGACGAAGGUGUCGAACGCCUUUAUGUUGGUAUGAAGUUGGAGAAAAUAAAAUAUUGGGUUCAGAAUUUGUGCAACAAACAACAGACCAGGUUAAGCUUAUUAGAGGAAAGAUGAAAGCUGCACAGGAUCGUCAAAAGAGUUAUAGUGAUAAAAGGAGAAGACCUUUGGAAUUUGAGGCAGGAGAUCACGUGUUCAUUAGGGUAACUCCUAGAGCGGGAAUUGCACGAGCAAUCAAAACUAGGAAGUUAACACCAAGGAAGUAUUAUCCUGACCCUUCACAUGUCAUUGAGCCUGAAAGUGUGGAACUUAGAGAUAACCUAGAAUAUGAGGCUUUACCUGUCAAAGUUUUAGAUCAUCGAAUUAAGGAACUUCGUGGAAAGCAGAUACCAUUGGUUAGAGUUUUGUUGGAUGAUAUAACUGGUGAUUCUACCUGGGAAAGAGAAGAGGACAUGCGUCAAAAGUAUCCACCUAUGUUUUAG